CGGUGGGGGCUGUGUGGGCGAGGCUGAGCGGCCGCUAACACGGGCUGUCAGCGCAGAGAGCUGCUGUUUACGCUGUGCCAUUGAAUCACUGACUCUGAAGCUUCCCCCUCUCUCCCUCUCUCUCUCUCCUUCUCCCUCCCUCUCUGUUUCUCUCUCCAACAUUAGCAGGAAACAGGAAGCCAAAGACAAGAAGGAGCUUCUGAAGACCGAAGGACAGUAGGAAGGGCUGGAUAGAGCUUCUCCAGCAAAGAGGGGAUCGCUGCUCUGAUUGCUGGGUCAGGCCAGGAGACGCGGGACAGCACAGCAGGGUGGACAAUGUGCUAGAGGGGAGACAGAAGGCAAGCUCUGGUGUUUUCCUGAUUUAUUCUGGGAAGUCAGAGACCACAGGAACGGCAAGAUGGGACGGAAGAAGAUCCAGAUCACGCGGAUCAUGGAUGAACGGAACCGACAGGUAACGUUCACGAAGAGGAAGUUCGGGCUGAUGAAGAAGGCCUACGAGCUGAGCGUGCUCUGUGACUGUGAAAUAGCACUCAUCAUUUUCAACAGCUCCAACAAGCUGUUUCAGUACGCCAGCACCGACAUGGACAAAGUACUGCUGAAGUACACAGAGUACAACGAGCCACAUGAGAGCAGGACCAACUCUGACAUCGUGGAGAAAUUAAGAAACAAGGGCCACAGUGACUGUGCCAGCCCUGAACCCGAUGACUGUUUUGGGCACAGCCCCUUCGUGGACGACCGUUCAGGCAAAGACAGUGAUGCGCUAAACAAGAAAGAGCACAGAGGCUGCGAUAGCCCGGACCCAGACGCCUCCUAUGUCCUCACCCCCCACACUGAAGAAAAGUAUAAAAAAAUUAAUGAGGAGUUUGAUAAUAUGAUGAGAAAUCAUAAAAUCCCGGCUGCCCUGCCCCAGCAGAGCUUCUCCAUGCACGUGGCCGUACCAGUGAGCAGCCCCAGCGGCCUGCCCUACAGCCCCGGCAGCACCCUGGGGGCCCCGGCCUCUCUCGGCGACGCCAGCAUGCUCUCACCCCCCCCAGGCUCCAUGCACCGCAACAUGGGGUCCCCCGGAGGCCCCCAGCGCCCCCCCAGCACAGGCAGUGCAGGGAACGGCUUCGUCAACCCGCGCGGCUCCCCUGGACUCCUGGGCAGCCCCAGCGGCAACGGCCUGGGCAAGACCAUGCCCACGAAGUCCCCCCCCCCACCAGGGGGCAGCUUGGGCAUGAGCAACCGCAAGCCAGAACUGCGGGUAGUCAUCCCCCCCACCAGCAAGGGCAUGAUGCCGCCUCUGAACCCCCAGAGAAUAAGCAGCUCCCAGGCCACCCAGCCGCUCGCCACCCCGGUGGUGUCUGUCACCACCCCCAGCCUGCCCCCGCAGAGCCUGGUCUAUUCUGCCAUGCCAACUGCCUACAGUGAGUACUCCCUGAGCAGCGCUGAGCUCUCCUCCAUGCAGGGCUUCACCUCACCUGGGGGCCUCUCUCUGGGCUCUGUGUCGGCAUGGCAACAGCACCAGCUUGGCCAGGCUGCCCUCAGUUCACUGGUGGGGAGCAGCCACCUAACUCAGGGUUCCAGCCUCUCCAUCAACACCAAUCAAAAUGUCAGCAUCAAGUCGGAGCCCAUAUCUCCCCCCCGCGAGCGCCUGGCCCCCUCAGGCGGAUUCCAGCCACCGGCACCUGUGUCCGCACGCCAGGAUGUGGGCCGCUCGCCCGUCGACAGCCUCAGCUCAUCCUGCAGCUCGUACGACGGCAGCGACCGCGAGGACCCGCCACGUGCUGAUUUCCACUCCCCGCUGGGCAUGGGGCGGCCGCCAGUGGGGGCGGAGGAGCGGGGCAGCCCCUCCGUCAAGCGCAUGCGGAUGGAUGCCUGGGUUACAUAGAAUCUCUCCAAGCACCAGCUAGUCCACCUCUGAAGGGGGUAUGGGGGGCAGGGGGGCAGCUCUGCUUUUUAUGAUAUUAUUGUUAUUAUCAUGUUAUUUAACUUUAUUUUGUUUUGUAAGUAGAACAAAGGCAAACGAAACGCAAAGUGUUGGAAAACACGUACAAUCCGAGUAGGUUUCACAACCAAAAACAAACACACAAUGGACUCAUGCAUUCGAACAAAAGUGAUCAGGCACCCGAUGCUCACGUUCUUAAGCAGUGCAGCGUCUAGAGAAGAAGCCGUGAGGCAGCAGAGGCACUCUUAGUGACCGGGCCAGUCCUGGGCCAGGUGGCACCGUGCACUCACGCCGGUGCAUCUGCGCGUUGUGGUCCCAGUACAGAGCUCGCAUGUCCAGUUUGGUUACCUCACCUAUCGCUUUUACUAGAUGUCACGUAAUGAAACCUGCAAUGUUAGAAAUGGGAAGAACCGGGCAGAGAUGUGUGCGGUGGCGGUGGGUCAGGUGAGUGGCAGGUGGGGGAUCUGGCACGGGACCGGUCUUACCGUACAAAUUUACGUUUUCUCUGUUCUUGCAAUGGUUGUACCUGGUCUAUGUGCCAGAAUUGGCUAAGCUUGUGGAACACACACAAAUUAAUGUUUAAAAAACACACAUAGAAUAAUAUAUUAAUUUAUAAUUGGGAAUUUGACUGAAAUUAUUUAUAUUUGUUUACCCGAAGUUUGUAAACUUAAAAAAAUGGUUUGUACCCUGGAUAUUUUGUCAGUGAAAUCUUUUGCCUGGUCACAAUGUUAGUUGUGUAGGAACAGAGCCAGAAUGAAUUAUUUAUGUAAGCCAAAGCUGUACGUUAGUUAUUUUGUUUAGUUUUGGAUUGAUAUUUUCUGCCUAAAACUAGUUUAAUUUGAAAUUGUUUAUUAUCAUUUUUGCUUUAUUACAAACAACAAUGUAAUGUGUAAGCAAGACCUCAAACGAAGCCAUGAAUAUUUGCUGUUCUGUUUGUAAAUUCAAAAUUGAGCCAAACUUUACUUUUUGUUGUGUAUAUAGCAACUUUAAUAUAUAUAUAUAUAUAUCACCUUGGUGUAAGUACUUAUGUAUUGUACCUUCACCAGAUUUAAGAAAAGAAAGUAUAUUUUUGUGGGUUUACCGCCAAGUUUACAAGGCGACAUCCUUACUCAGUAGAAUAUUCACUGGUUAAUAUUUACUAUUUUGUUAAAUAUGCUGUACUUUCUUCGAAAUUGAAUUAAUAUGGUAAAUAAGCAUUUUUUCUGAGGGUAGUUUCUGGGUCGUUUUCCCUUUAAUGGCGGUGAACAUCUGUCUGUACCAUAGGGUUUGGCUUUCUGCAUUUUUCUGUAAAGGGUGAUUGUAGUGCCCAGAGUAACGGGGAUUGUGCAUUGGGGCUUUUGGUUGAACAACCCCUGUCCGAAAAACUGGUAUCCAGCUGCUGAAUUCCCUGAUUUUACUUUUCUAACACCCAGGGUCAAGCCUCCCCAAGGAACACAGAAGCAUAGAACAUGAACUUAACAUAUAAGGUAUCCUCUCUUGGUUAAAAAAACAAAAACAAAAAAAAACUCACUUUUCUGAUGAAUAUGUCUUGCGUGUAGCAGUGAUACUCAUGGAGUGACACUUUUUAGGUAAUGUAAUCUUUAAAAACAGAUUAGAAAUGCACACAAAUGUGAAUUGUAGACAUUUGGAUAAUCUUGGGUCAAGUUCUUGUGAUUUGGCUCAAUGAAUUUUAAUCUUUUCUUGCAUCCGUCCAUUCCUCCAUCCAUCAGGUUUCAUUCAUUGUUGGUUUCGCAGUGAUCCAAAGCCUAAUCACAUGUCGUGGGAGGGGGCUGUGCUGUAACUCUGCAGAUGCUAUGGGUAUUUAUGGGUAUUAGGUAUGUUUAUCAUGUAUACGAGGUCACAGGAUCGAUCAGAAGGGGGGUCUCCGCUUGGUGCCGGUUGUGGCCAUCACGUGUGCUUCUCGCACCGUUUAACUCCCCGUGGUGACGAGUCGGGAAACUUGCAGGACUAUUCAGCAAGCCAGUGGGCCCUGUGUGGACCUCACAACUGGGUCGAUCGCCCCUCUAUGCGUGCGUGAAUUCACUAUACGGAAGGAUCCUUCCUUUGCAUUUGCUGUCUAUUUCCUUGUGUGUUCCCUAUGCAUAGGCAACUUCACUCACCACCCAAUCAAACCAUAGCGCCCAAAAUGAUCUAUGCACUCUGUAUCCCAGUUGGUGUCCACUUUCAGCUUAUUGUACAUUACUCAGUUAAGUGCACCCUUGUCUUGUAUCUCAUCAUACUCACCCUUAUGACUGAGUCCGUUUCCUAAUCACACAGAAUGCGACUGUUUCCUGUCACCCUUAAAACAUCUCCAAGGUCAUUAAAGGACAGAGAAAUGACAGCUGUCAUCAUCACCGCACACCCAACCAACACUAAUCUCUACCUCCGCAUGUUUAACCCGAUGGCCUGAAUCCUUGCACAACCAACACAUAUGUUCUGCUGAUUAUUGGGGGGGGGGGGGGGAGUGCAGGCAGUGCAGUGCACAGGUGACACAGCUGCCUGGAACGUGGAAUUCACCAGCGCCUAAUACCGAACAUGAAAAGUCCUCGUGAUAAACUCAUAUUGCAUCAUGCAUUUUAGCUGAACAUAAGAAUAUCUUACAAUUUUAUGCAGUCAAAAGGCUAUUCAUUUAUUAUAAAAGCAGCAAUAACUGAAACAUUUAUAACAGUAGUUUGAGUAAUGAAUAGUAAGAAGCAGCAUCUAAAUAAAUAACACCCAAAGAAGUAUUUAAUAGAUCUCUUUUCAGAAUCAGGUAGCUUAUAUCUAGUUUUAUAUAUUUAGAAAUGCAGCCUUGUUCCAAAGAACAAGUGUCGUUUUCAUAAAAAAAAUUUUUUUAAAUCUCUGAACCCUUUGUGCUAUCGUGGAUAUAUCCCUCCGACUGGGAGCCAAUAAUGGACAAGAAGUACUGGUGUUGAUCUCAGGCUGCUCCUCUGCUGUUCCACAGUGUUUUAAUUCCUAUGUUGUGUGCACACAAGAAAUACAUAGUAAAUUUAAAGAAAGCAUAUGUGCUGAUACACACUCCUUGGGUCUGUUUGCUGUUUUUGAAACCGAAAGAUGCACUAACCGUGGAAUGUGAACGACGGGGGGGGGGAGAAGAAGACAGCUUCACUUUUUGCUGUGCGACAGUACACUGCUUUGCUCUUUGGCUUUUAUAAACAGAAGUGCGCAUCUCGUGUUUGUUUGUAGCUGAUAGUUCCCUUGAGAAGCUGUUUGCGGUUUGGAAACUCAGACCGUUUGGCGGCACAAGCUGGACUUUGUUGCCAUGGAUGAAACAAAAUGUUUCGAGAUCAACAGAGAAUUUUAAGUUAAUCUUGCAUUUUAUUUCCCUGAAUGUGUUGUUUUAUCUUCAUUAUACAAUAAAUAUUCUAGUGAACUUUUUAUUGAAUGACUAAAAUAUUACAAUAGAGAUUGUUGUACAAAUUUGUAUCCUGCAUUCACUAAAGUAAAGAUAUUGGCUUUUACUGUGUAA